CGAUCGUUGUGAUCGCUCGACGUUUAAAAAACAUAUAACCGCAGAUCGCCGGUACAAGUAUAGUCUUUUACUUGUUUUUUGUACAGAAAUCGUAUAAAUUAUGUUAAUGUUUUCACCAGCGUAAUUUUAAAAUAUUCGCGUCGGUUAUCGAAAAUCCCUCCUAUUUUUAAAACCAAUUUAUUAAUGUUUUUUAACUUGAUUCCAAUGGUUCCACCAAAUGUAAAGAACACCGGCUCAAACCGCCUUUUUCGGGCUUCAACGAUGCGAAAAUAGUUCGCGAAAACGCAGCAGGCGACGCGUCUUUUGGGCUCUUGAAAAGGGCAUGAAAACUCGAAAACUGGAGCCAAUAAAAGAUACAUACAAGAAAAAUAAGCGAGUGCGCGAAUUCGACUGCGUGUGCGCUGCGAGUGUGUCUGUGCAAAGCCAGAAAAACGCAGAAAAUCAAACCAACAAACAAAUAAAACUAGUGUGAAGCAUAAUUUGCGCUGUUUAAACAAUUAGCCGCAAAACAAACGCCGGAAUCCAGUGCCCCGUGAGGCUGUCUGCCUGAGUGUGUGUGUGUGUAUCUGUAUCCCUGGAAUGCGCAGUCGCGCAUGCGCAAAUAUUUGUGAUUUGUUUUGAAAGGAGAGAAGGAGCAGAGGCGAGGGAGAGAGACAGAGGCAUCGGAUUGGAUUGGAAUACAAAACACAUCUCCUGGCAUUCGCGAAAAGUGACUUGACAAUAUGACUCCGAGGUCGUAGACUCCGGGAAAUCAAGGAGAGGGACGACCAAGAGGCAGGGAAACACCGAAACGACACAAGGCAAACAAGGAACCAACACGAAAAUGUCCGGCAAUCAACAGCAGCAGCAACAACAACAGCAGAAGUCAUUAACUAACAACACGACAGCAGCAGCAACCACAAACGGAGCAACCACUUUGGGCCAUAAUUUGAUAAAAAUAAAUAGCGUUGACAAAGUAAUAGGCAAAACCCAGGCGGCGACGCAGGCAAUUAACAAACUACAGCAGCAGCAGCAGCAGCAACAACAGCAACAGCAACAUAUCCACCAGCAACGCUCUUUGCUACCAGCAACAGGAGGAGCAGCGGCAGCGACUUCUAAUCCCCACCAGCCACACUCAACGCAGCAACAAAGCGGAACGCCAGCGGCGCAGUCGCCGGCCCAAAAGCAGCAGCAGCAGCAACCACAUCAAUUGCAGACGGUGGCCACGAUACAUCAGCCGCACUCCACGCAGCAACAGCAACAGCAGCAAGCACUGACUUCCCGCCUGCCCAUCCAGCAGCAAUCCGCUAAAGAAUUGCCCCAUCUAGCUGCCCAGCAGCCAACGCAGCAGCGGCGCAGCUUCCACUACCAGUUGCAACACCAGCAGCAGCAGCAGCAGCAGCAGCAGCAGCAGCAACAUCAGCAGCAAUCUCUGCGCAGCCCGCAGCUAAAGGCGCCGGCACCCGCCCACUCCAUUCCGCCUAGGUACCAGCCACCUCCUCAGCCGGCCAGCGGAAUCCUCAAGCCGCACUUGCCCCUCAAGUAUCCGCCGGAUAUACCCCAGCUAUCUAGCAUCUACAUACCCGACUCCAUCAAGCAGCAGCAACAGCAACAGCAGCAGCAGCAGCAGUCGCGUUACCUGUCCCACCAGCCGGGAGCGAAGGAUAUGCUGAAGUUUGUGCGCAAGCCGGACCAGGAACACCCAUCGCCCAAUGCCUCGGUCACGUCCAGCGGCACAGGAAUCCCCACUGCCAAUGGCGGUGGCCGCUUGACCGCCGAGCAGAACCGCCAGCUGCAGUCGCUGGUCAACGAGCUGCGCGCCCUGAAGGAGCAGAACCAGCGCCUGCUGGACGACAACCAGGAACUGAGGGAUCUGUGCUGCUUCCUGGACGACGACAGGCAGAAGGGUCGCAAGCUGGCCAGGGAGUGGCAGAGAUUCGGGCGCUACACGGCCAGCGUGAUGCGCCAGGAGGUGGCCGCCUACCAGAACAAGCUACGUCAGCUGGAUGAUAAGCAGCAGGAGCUCAUCACCGACAACCUGGAGCUGAAGGAGCUGUGCCUGUACUUGGACGAGGAGCGCGCCCAUGUGGCGGCCAAUGCGCUGUGCGCCGGCUGCGGAGCCGCCACCAGGAAUGCGCUGCGGGAUGAUGGCGAUGGCUCCAGCUCCAGCACGAAUGCGGAUGAGACCAUCACCGCGUUGAGGAACUAUGCCGAGCAGCGGCAAAUACCGCAGGAUCUACGUCAUGCCCACACCCUGAACGACCAGACGCUUCAGUAUGUGCGCUCGCUGGAGCGAAGGAUCCAGCAGCUGGAGGAGGAGCGCACCACGCCCACCGCCCACCUGCAGCAGCCGACUACGCCCACGCCGCAGGCAACGCCCACGCCAACGCCCACAUCCUCUGCAGCCACACCAGCCAAAUCAGCAGCAGCACCAUCGCCCCACCAGCAGCUGCAGCAGCAGCAAACGCAGCAGCAACAGCAGGAGAUCGUGGCCGCUGCAGCAGCAGCAGCGGCGGCUAUCCAACUUCCAGAGCCGAUUGCCGGUCGCCCGGAGGCGGUGGUCCGUGCCCUCCAGGUGCUGGAGGUGCGGGAGCAGCUGGAGCGCGAUCGACUGGGCAAUCUGGCCGGCAGCGCCCUGGACCAGAUGGACGAUGGCGAGAAGGCGCUGGUGCGCGAGAUGUGCAACGUGGUGUGGCGCAAGCUGGAGGGCAGUCCACAUGGACCCGCGGCCCUGGAGCCGCUCUAAGCUGGCCGAGGUUAUCCAACCCAAACACCGGGCUAACACCUAGACCAUACUGUUUAAAGCUAACUUAUGCCGUAAUAUUUAACCCUAAACAUUGUACAAAGCUCAAACCACAACCUUAGCAUUAAGCCACCGCUAAAGGCGAGAGAAUACUCAAAAAAUAUUUGGGAUGCUCCGGCAGUCGGUACGCAGACAAGGAGCAAUAAAUUGUCCAUCUAUGGGAAUUGUUUUAUCAUCCAGAGGAGACUCGGCUUCAAGUCCAGCUUUAACCGGUCUUAAAGCUGGAAGAUUUGGCUGCGAGUCCACAAUACGACCUGUUAAGCUUCGAUGACUCCGCAAAAUCAAAUAAUCAACGCGAUUGUUGUUUAUUUUCGAUUUGGACCAACUUUCUUGGGAUCACUCUUUUUAAUUAGUUUGUAACUCUGGCGAUCGGCUGCCGGAGCUGGCUCACAACUAUUUUUGUACUUAUUAUAAACUUUGACUGUUAUUUUUGAAUGCCAAGAGGAAAACUACUAUCAUGAAAAAUUUGCUAACUCGAAAUACAAUGCAACAGAUGUUUCCACAGUUAA